AUGCCGUUGGUGCAAUUGCCCGACGGCCUGUUCGAAGUGACUGUUCCCCUCAAGGCCCAGGACAAGAUUAUGUACAAGUACAUUGUCGACGGUGAGUGGUUGGUUCUGCCCACUCAACGGGUGUGCCGCGACGAACACGGUAUCGACAACAACUAUAUUGAAUCCUCCGACCUCGUCGACAGUUCUGCCUCGGGUUCCCGCAUUCCCGAAGCCGGUGGGCUAGCUUUCGGCGGCGCUGCUUCGGACAAGGAGCAAUCGAAGAGCGCGGUGUCCCAAGGCGAUGCGCCCGGAUCGGACGCUCACAAGUCAAUUGGCAGCCGUAUUCCUGAAGCCGGUGGCCUUAUUUUCGGCGGUGCCGCUGCUCAACACGCGACCCAUCUGGAUGACAAGGACCUCAAGGCCACUGUCAUGCCCGUCGAACCUUUGAGACAACAAACUCUCGGUGAACCGGGUGUAGUCAUCCCUCAAGGUGACCAGCUUAAGGCUUUUGAGAACGUUCGUCAUGUCGACCCCGCCACUCUCAACCAACCCGAACCGUCUAACAACGUUACGGGUGUGGCUAUCCCUCAAGGUGACCAACUCAAGGCGUUCGAAACUGUUCGUGAUGUUGACCCCGCCACCCUCAACCAGCCUCAGGGUUUGGCUGGCGAUGUCACCCGCGAAUUGACUCCUGAAGAAAAAAAGAAACAAAAGAAGAAGGUCAAGCGUACGCAAUACAAGCGCAAGAAGAAGUUGAGGGAUGCUGCUGCCACUAACACUACUCUGGACUCGUCGCCUGAACCUGAGGAAGGUCUUGUUGCUGGUGGAGCUCUCCACCACCCCGACGGUCCCAGAGUCGCCGAAGAUAAGCGUGAACUUGCUCAAGAUGUCAAGGAAAUCAACGCUGAGCCUCACCCUGACAAGGCUUUCACCGCCGACCCCUUCCUCGAAGCUCCUCAUGACAAGCACCACGUUGAAAAUGUUGGUGAACACAUAGAACGUCAAUUGCACGGGGACGAACUUUCCCCCGGUACGGUCGACGUUUCUGGUGUCACUCAACCCAUUACUUCUGCAAACGACCCUGGUUUGAGAGCUGCCGAAAAGAACCACAACGUCGAGCAAGAAGGCGACCACCUUGAGGAAUUGUUGGUGGGCGAUUCCCACCCCCACUCUCACACCAACACCUCGACGGGCGCUCAACACAAGGAUGCCAUUGUCGGUACUGGUCUCCCCCAUGAAGCGGCUCACCCUGAUGGUCCUAGAGUCGCUGAAGAUAAGCGUGAAUUAGCUCAAGAUGUCAAGGAAACUAAUGCUCAACCUCACCCUGAUAAAGCCUUUACUACCGAUCCUUACCUUCAAUCUGCCGGUGGUUACGAUGACAACAAGUUGCAGGGCAACGAUGUACAGGACAAGCUGGCUGUUUUUGGCUCGGACUUGUCCCACCCUGAAUCGAAGCAAGCUGUUUACGGUUCUGACUUGGACAAGGGUGUUGAAGGUUUGGGUGCUGAUGCGGUGGUCAUUGCUGAAUCGAAGCAAGCUAUCAUUACUAACGAUGGCGCUUUUGUCACCAAAACUUUGGUCGCUGGCGAGGCCAAUGAAGUUCUCGAUGAAUCAACUGGUGAAGCCAGAGAAGUUUUGAAUGUUGCUGGAGGUACCUCCGGAGAUUUCAUCACCCCUGAACCCAAGGACCUGGAACCUGGGGAAUCUCGUGAACUCCACGACUCUCUGAAGCUUGGUGCGUCGUCGGCUACCGAUGCCAAGGAUGUUGCUCACCACAAUGUCGAUGGCGUUAACCCUGUCCCUCUCCCUGUUGUCUCGGCGGAGAAGCAAGAUCUCUCCACUACCGAACCUAAGGCGAACUUGAAGGAAACUGAAGCUGUUGUGCCCAAGACGGACGAAUCGAUUGUGCCCGUCAACGAAAACGAAUCUGCUAUUCCCAACGUCGCCCAAGAAAAGUCGUCUGCUCCCGCUAAUGAAGUCUCGAAGAAGGACGCCCACACUGAUGGCCCCAUCACUGAACGUGGUUUCAAUGCUCCUGAUGCUCACGACCUUAAGAACGAUGACGUCUAUGCUGUUCCUGAACCUACCGUCAAUGAUGUUGAACGGCCCAAGACUUUGGACCCCAAGGGAUCGGAGCCUACGUUGUUGAAAGACGGUGAGGCCCCUUCAAAGGUUGAACCUUCGACCGUCGAAGAGGAAAUCGUGGUUGCUGACGGUACCGCUUCUCGUAAACAAAUUGAGAAGGAAAUCCAGGCGAAGGAAGGAAAGGAUGUGGUUCUUGAAGAAUUCACCCCCAACCCUGAAAUUGCUGGGAUUUUGGAAGCUGAAGCUACCGCGAAAGACACCUCUGCCGCUGCUGAUGCCGAACACGCCAAGACUAUCGUCGUCGACAAGGAUACCGACAAGCCUGUCGAAGGAAAGACUGCCUCGAAGACUGCUGAAGGGUCUAAGACCGCCAGUGAAGGUAAGGCCACGCAGCAAGCUUCGACUACCAAAAAGCCCGCCGCGGCUGCCGCUAAGAAGCCUACUGCUUCCACCGCCAAGAAAACUUCUAAAGAACCUGAGAAGAAGAAGAGUCGUUUCUCGCGUAUUCUCAAGAAGAUUUUCAGCUGA